AUGUCGUACACAGACAAAGAAUAUCUUCUCUCCCUGGGGCAGAUAGACCCCGAGCUCAAAGCGUUUCUUGAAAAAGCAAACUUACCCCCACCGGACUAUAGCAAUCUUGACGACUUCAAGGCCAUGGUGGACAAGCGGAACGCCGAUGCCAUGAAGCUCUUGGGCCCGUCUCCGCCGGAAGUCAAGCAGUCUGAGCUGGAAUAUCCCACGGCGGACGGUACCAAGCUGCGGGCAAAGCUCUAUCAACCGACAAACCCUCCCAAAAACGGCAGCCCCUUGAUCGUAAUGUACCACGGCGGUGGGUUCUGCAUUGGCGCGCCAGAGGGCGAGGAGCAGACAUGUCGCAACUUUGUCCAGGCCUUCGGUGCCGUCUGCAUCUCAGCCUCAUAUCGGCUUGCACCACAGUUCAAAUUUCCAUAUGCGCCCAAAGACGCCUGGGACUGCUUGAAAUGGGCGGCGGCCAAUGCAAAGUCCUGGGGCGCCGAUCCGUCGGUUGGUUUUGUCAUUGGCGGCACCUCAGCCGGAGGAAAUAUCACGGCUGUCCUGGCUCAUGUGGCGCGAGACGAGAAAUUGUCUCCCCCUUUGACCGGCCAGUACCUUGCCAUUCCUGCAGUGCUGCCGGCAAACGAGAUCCCAGAUAAGUACAAAGAAUUUUACCUAUCGUACGAGCAGAACAAAAAUGCAUCAGUCCUGCCUGUUGCGGCGAUAGACAUGUUCAUGCGCGGGUAUGCGCCCGAUCAGACUGACGGUGUCUGGUACGCUCCCUUCAACCAUCCUAAAGGCCACAAAGACCUCCCGCCAGCGCUAUUCCAGAUUGACGGGAUGGACCCGCUGAGAGACGAGGGCAUCAUUUAUGAGCGCGUGCUGCGAGAGGAGAACGGGGUCAAGACCAAGAUGUAUGUCUACCCUGGUCUGCCGCACGGGCAUUGGGGAUUCUUCCCCUUUUUGGAGGGAAGUAAAAAAUUCCGUCAGGAACAGGUCGAGGGAAUGAGUUGGUUACUGGGCAGAGAGGCCGAUUUCAGCAAGGUCAUCACCCAGGCUGUGGCGGCGGGUGUGUGA